GUUCUGGCGCCUCCGCGAGCGCUGGGGCGCCCCUUGGUUCUGCCACUCAUGGACUCGCGGGGCGUCUCCUGCCCCUGCUAGAAGUGUCACACGGCCAUCACCCGCAGUGUCUCUCUGGUGUCUCCAGGCAGCAUGUGGCGGACUCUGGACAGGAGACUCCUGGACCCCGUGCAGCUGCCUCCGUCCUCUGUGCUGGACCCCAGCGCCUCUCCCAGCGCCUGCCUCCAGAGCCCUCGCGCAUCUGUGAGAGCAGCGACAAUGGGUCAAUCUCUGGCUCGCGGCCCUGAGAUGAGAAAUGUUCCCUCAGAAGGGACGGUGUCCUUUGAAGAUGUGGCUGUGAACUUCACGUGGCAGGAGUGGCGGUACCUGACUGAAGCUCAGAGGACCCUGUACCGGGAUGUGAUGCUGGAGACCUGCAAUCACCUGGUGUCCCUAGGGCACUGUGUUACCGAUCCUGAGGAGAGCAUCAGGUCGGAGCAGGGAUUACAGCCGUGGACUGUGGACAAUCCCCCAAACAGGACCUCUCAGUAUCCUCUUAAGUUCCUGGGCGAUGCUAUGCCUUUCCACAGCAGCUGUCUGUCUACAUGGCACACUGCAUGUUGCGUGGGCGAGGUCUCAUCCUGUAGCUCCUGGAUCUUGUCCACCCCCUGUGCUGCCCUGGCACCUCCAGUGCUGUCACAGGCUCAGUCUGCUACUCUUCAGUCCCUCCUGAGUCUUUGGAGUGCUCCAUACCCGUCUGCAUGA